AUGUCCAAGACCUUCUCGACCAGCGACGUCGCGGCGCACAACAAGCCCGAGGACUUAUACAUCAUCGUCGACGAGGACGUCUACGACCUCACAAAGUUCCAGGAUGACCACCCUGGCGGCAAGAAGAUUCUCCAGCGCGUCGCCGGCAAGGACGCCUCCAAGCAGUUCUGGAAGUACCACAAUGAGGGCAUCCUGAAGAAGUACAAGGCCAAGCUCCAGGUCGGCUCCCUCGACAGCAAGGCCCAGCCCGUCGAGGCCGCCCCCGCCGCCUCCGCUCCCGUUCCCAAGAAAGCUGCCUCCAAGAAGGCCGUCGCCAGCAGCACUGAGGAGUCCGAGCCCAUGGACCCCUUUGGCGAUAUGGUUCCCUACGCCGACCCCAAUUGGUACCAGGCCUACCACACUCCCUAUUACAAUGAGACUCAUGCUGCCCUGCGCGCCGAGAUCCGCGAGUGGGUCGAGAACAACGUCGAGCCCUAUGUCACCGAGUGGGACGAGAAGAAGGAGGUCGACCCCUCCAUCUACAAGCAGAUGGGCGAGCGCGGCUACCUGGCUGGUCUGCUCGGUGUCCACUACCCGACACAGUACACCAAGAACACCGUCGCCUCAGUCGACCCUAAGGACUGGGACCUCUUCCACGAGAUGCUGCUGACCGACGAGCUGUCCCGCGCCGCAUCCGGUGGUUUCGUCUGGAACGUCAUUGGCGGUUUCGGCAUCGGCUGCCCGCCUCUGGUCAAGUUCGGCCAGAAGGCCCUCGUCGACCGCAUCCUGCCCGGCAUUCUCGACGGCGACAAGCGCAUCUGCUUGGCCAUUACCGAGCCCGAUGCCGGCUCUGACGUUGCUAACCUGACGUGCGAAGCCAAGCUCAGCGAGGAUGGCAAGCAUUUCAUCGUCAACGGCGAGAAGAAGUGGAUUACCAACGGCAUCUGGUGCGACUACUUCACCACCGCCGUGCGGACGGGCGGCGAGGGCAUGAACGGUGUCAGCUUGCUGCUUAUCGAGAGAGGCCCAGGUGUCACGACAAGGCGCAUGGACUGCCAGGGUGUCUGGUCCAGCGGCACCACCUACAUCACCUUUGAGGAUGUCAAGGUGCCUGUCGAGAACCUACUCGGCAAGAAGAACCAGGGUUUCCGAGUUAUCAUGACCAACUUCAACCACGAGCGCAUCGGCAUCAUCAUCCAGUGCAUCCGCUUCUCCCGUGUCUGCUACGAGGAGUCCGUCAAGUACGCCAACAAGCGUCGUACCUUUGGCAAGAAACUCAUCGAGCACCCCGUCAUUCGUCUCAAGCUCGCGCACAUGGCGCGCCAGAUCGAGGCCUCGUACGCGUGGCUCGAGAAUCUCAUCUAUCAGUGCGAGAAGAUGGGAGAUACCGAGGCCAUGCUCAAGCUUGGCGGUGCUAUUGCCAGUCUCAAGGCCCAAGCCACCGUCACCUUUGAGUUCUGCGCUCGCGAAGCCUCCCAGAUCUUCGGUGGCCUGUCAUACUCGCGCGGCGGCCAAGGUGGCAAGGUCGAGAGACUGUACCGCGAUGUGCGUGCGUACGCCAUCCCUGGAGGCAGUGAGGAGAUUAUGCUCGACCUGAGCAUCAGGCAGAGCAUGCGUGUGCACAAGGCUCUCGGCAUGAAGCUGUAA